UACACUAUCUGGGUCGGUGGUCUCAACUACGCUGCCACUGCUGAUGAUCUCCGUAGCCACUUCGCCGAGUGCGGUUCUAUCGUCGACGUUCGCCUGAGAAUGGACAACGACACCGGCAAGAGCAGAGGUUUCGCCCACAUUGACUUCAACGACAAGGCCGCUCACCAGGCUGCCCUCAACAUGAACGAGUCCGAGCACAUGGGCCGUUCCCUCCGUGUCGAC